UUUAAAAGUUCUAUACUUGUUCUUGCCAGAUCGAUGCAUAUAUGUGUCAAUUUUUGGUCGCAUAUAACACAGUGACACAAAACAAUAAGCUGGCAUUUUGAAUGCCUAUUUAUUUUACAAUACUGACGUUGUAGUGCUUAUUGAUAGCUUUCCAAUGGAAGUGUACUUCAAUUCAAAUUAAUGUCUGUCGCUAGAUGCUACGUAGAUAAUGACCAUGUCAAUUUACCCUGUACUGUAUGCUGCAAAGAAAAGUAUUUGUAGUAUUAUGUAAUACUUGCUCUAUUUCAUAAAUAGUCCAUUCAACUUCAUUGAGUUAUAUAGUUGUAUGCUGCUUAUUCCCUCGCCAAAUCUUUUGAUUUCUAUUCAACUACAUUAUAACGCGUGCUGCAAUACACAUUUCAUCUUUUCUUCCAUCAUAUAUUGCUGUCAUUGUAUCUUCUUUUGUUGAAUUGAAUGCAAGUAACCAAUAUCUAUUUAGUGUAUUUUUUUGCCUUUCUCUAGAGCAUCAAGAAUUCUGAAUGCCCAACUGAGCUUGCGCCUGUUGAUGGGAGGUCUUAGCGCAGGAGCAUGGUGGACCGCUGAGACGACGAGGCAAGAUCAUAGCCAAGAAGAAAAAUCAUGUGUCCUCAGGGGCUCUGCAUGCACCAGCUUUGAGAGGACCUUGACCAGGUGCUCCAGUCCCACACUAUCUACUCUAAUGUCUUCAAGGGCGUCCGACAAACUCACCAAAGUACGCGUCAAGAUAUUGGAGAAAGGCGAGUUCCAAGUUUCUGGCAAGGAGAGGGAGCAGCAAGCUGCAGUCAGGGAGGAGUACGCCAGGAUGGCCUCCGAAACAGAGGAGAAGCAGAGCAAGGAGAGAACCAUGCAAGACAACGGGAAACGUGAGGGUAGGAGAUCACCGUCCUCUAUUAGAGUGGGUAUCCUCAAACAAGGUAGGAUUGAUCAAGAGCAGUAUGAUAGAGGUCAAGCUUGAGGAAUCUCAAAGAGAAGACUCAUCAAAGAAAUGGUAGCUAGUUAUUGCCUAGUUAUAAUUUGGUAGUUCGGACAUCCGUCCAUGUGAUACAUAAUGUGGAAAUAUUGUAAUUGACUUAACUAUGGCAGCAAGAGAUUUUUCUUCGUAUUAAAGAUGCGAUGCUGUACUGGUUGUGACUCCAACUACUGUGAAGUUUCAUGUGCUCUCUA